AUCAAACAGCUCGUAGUACUCUUCUGCAAUCUAAUCUGUAAACAAAAUAUUUUUUCGUUGCUCGUAGGAAAUCUGCAGCAUUUUAAUUAAGAAAUUUGUAACUUUCAGAAUCCAUUUUAUUAAAUUUAUAUGGAUUAGAAUUAACUAAGAUUAUUGAAAUUGCAAUAAAGUUUUGAAUCUACCAACAAGAAAUUAGUGUUAGAAAUGGCGUCUUUAGAUGUUCCUCUUGCCGUCAUAGAACCUGUUACUAAAAAUGAAGAAAAAUUCAGGAGAAAAUUAUUAUGGCUUUCUCAACUCAUAAAGCUAAUAGAAGACGACAGUAUUCACCAGUAUGCUUUGCAGUGCAUUCCAAUCGACGAUUUAACUAUAAAAGCUUCUCAAACUCUUUCAACACUAAAAGAUGAUGUCUGCUACUGCUUUGAAGAUUGUCUGGUUUUAGAGCUUCUUCAGUGGUUUAAAUAUUCGUUUUUCUCCUGGGUAGAUGCGCCAGAAUGCCAUCGUUGCGGCCAGCCGACCGAGAGUAGAGGUUCCAUUGAGCCGACACAAGAAGAGUCAGUGUGGUUUGCAAAAACUGUUGAAAACUACUAUUGUUCUGUUUGUAAAACGUAUACCCGCUUUCCACGCUACAACCAUCCGAGGAAGUUGCUUGACACUAAAAAGGGAAGGUGUGGAGAGUGGGCUAUUUGCUUUACUCUUAUUUGCAGAGCAUUGGAUUUAGAUGCGCGUUUAAUUGUUGAUUGGACGGACCAUUUGUGGACGGAAACGUUUUCGCCCUCCAGACAAAAAUGGAUUCAUUGCGAUCCAUGUGAAAAUGUAUGUGACCAGCCCUUAUUGUAUGAAGUGGGUUGGAAAAAGAAGCUUUCUUAUGUUAUUGCUUUCUCAAAAGAUGAAGCUCAGGACGUUACUUGGCGAUAUUCUUGUGAAUUUGCGGAAGUUUUGAGGAGGAGAUUGAUGUACCAAUGCCGGGAGAGCUUCGUCUUAUCCUGGAUCAACUACUGCACCAAAAGGUGCCGAUCUAAUGCAACAGCAGAGAAACUGGACUUUCUUUUAAAGAGGCAAGUUUCGGAACUGUCUGAAUUCUUAACUCCUCCUAAACCAAAUAAGGAGGAACUUGGAGGUCGUACAUCUGGUUCUGUGGCUUGGAGAUUAGCGAGAAGAGAAAUCGAUGCUGAAGAUGUAUCCGUUUCGUACACAUUUAAUUUGGGGGACUUUGAAGUGCAAAGAAGGUACUUCCACAUUCAAUACAGUUGUGCUCUCGACGAAUACAUUCGAAUUUCUGCUGCCGAUCGUUGCAGGUGCAAGAAUUGGAACACGUAUGUUUUCGAUAUUAAAAAUAUAUUUAGAAAAGUGGAGACUGAUUGGAAAACGGCUUAUCUUGCACGUACAGAAGGAUCUCCUAAGGGAAUGAUGGUAUGGAAAUUUGAUUUUGAAAAUAGUGGUCUUGCCAUUCAAAAACUGAGACUGAAUCUUCUUGGUACGACAUUCCAAGAUGGUAAAGUAAAAUGGACUAUCAAAAGCUCUAGAGGAUGUUUUGAAAAAGUUUUUCUUAAUUCAGUCUUGCGGCAGACAUUUUCUGACUUUGAAGGAGCAGCCACCGAUCUCAUAAUUACUGCUGAACUAUGUGAAGGUAUUGGUCCACAAGCUUGGCAGCAUGCUCAACUCUUUAGACAGCCUUUAGACUCUAAGGAAUUUCCAUUUGAAGUGGAAAUUUAUUUUGGAAAGUUGUAAAUCAUCAUAU